GACAACAGAUUGAGAGUGAGAGGAAGAAGAAAUGGGACCUACAACUGUACCAUCAGCAAUAAUAUUAGAGAUUACUUUCAACAUGGAGUAUUUGUUACCCAAGUUAAUGGCACCCUAAAUAUAUCUGCUCCAGGAGAGCCCACUGGUCUUACUGCAGUCAUCUCUGAGUCCAACAGUACACAUGUUAAUAUCACUGUGUCUUGGGAGUCACCAGGUGAUCCUGUCACUGGCUGUGUCAUCUACUACCAGCCUAAGGGAGGACCAGUCAUCAGUGACAGGGUGUCUGGAGGAGAGACAGACACACACUCACUGGAUGGUCUUCAAAGAGGAGUCACCUACUACAUCUCCAUAGUGGCUCUGUCACCUCACCUACCCAGUCCUCUGGUUGGACCU